GAAUUUUGGUGUACAGUGCUAAUUCUAGUUUUCUCUGGGAAAAGGGAAGGCACAGAGAGAGAAGCCUUGUUAUUCUCUUCUUUUGCAGUCUUCUCCCUCACGCUUUCAGUUUUAGGCCUUCCGUUUGAUCUCACAAUCUCCAUCUUAGGGUUUUCGGAUUUACUAAAUUGGAAAAUGAUGGACUUUGCUCGGGUUCAAAAAGAGCUACAAGAAUGCAGCAGAGACGUAGAGUCAUCUGGAAUCAAAGUCACCCCUAAAUCCGACAAUCUCUCUCGCUUAACUGGCACCAUUCCUGGUCCAAUUGGCACUCCUUAUGAAGGCGGCACUUUUCAAAUUGAUAUCUCUUUGCCUGAUGGAUAUCCUUUUGAGCCCCCAAAAAUGCAGUUCGCAACUAAAGUCUGGCACCCUAAUAUUAGCAGCCAAAGUGGGGCAAUUUGCUUGGACAUCUUGAAAGACCAAUGGAGCCCAGCACUAACUCUAAAGACAGCACUACUUUCUGUCCAAGCAUUACUUUCUGCUCCUCAACCUGAUGACCCUCAAGAUGCUGUAGUAGCACAACAGUAUCUUAAAGACUAUCAGACAUUUGUUGGCACAGCCCGAUACUGGACAGAAACUUUUGCCAAGACCUCAUCUCUUGGGGUUGAGGAAAAGGUGCAGAAACUUGUUGAAAUGGGCUUCCCCGAAGGUUUGGUCAGGAGUACGCUUGAAGCUGUUAGUGGCGAUGAAAACUUGGCGCUUGAAAAGCUUUGUUCUGGCUAAGAAAGGAUCAGCUGCCAAUGCCUUGAGUGUUAUAUCAAGAUACAAAAGUUAAUAUGAGUAUAGGAUUUCCUUCUCUAGCUCCUUUCUCUUUUAGAUAAUUUCUCCCCUUGAAUUGUUCUAUCUUUUGGCUGGCUUAUUCUCUGGAAUAUCACUGCUGAUGAUGAGGGAUCAUAUUAUUGGGUAACAUCUUACAACAUAUGGAGUUGCUAAAAGCUGUAGAAUGCUGAUGACAAAUUUUCAUGUUCUAAUGCGGUGCAAAUGGUUCUCACGAAUCAAAUUGUUAUCUGGUGCCA